AUGGCAAUCAUUGAUGCAAAAUACAGAUUCCUGUUAGUUGAUUUUGGAACAAAUGGAAGGGUUUCUAAUAGUGGAGUAUUCUUGAAUACGAAAUUUUAUGAAAAACUUGAAAGAAAGACGUUAAAUAUUCCUACAGCAGAAAUGUUGCCUAAUAGUCUACGAAUACUGCCGUAUGUAUUCGUAGCUGAUGACGCGUUUCCUCUAAGAAAGAACUUGAUGAAACCUUUUCAGCAAAAUGACUUAGUCAAUAGAAUUAAGAAGAUAUAUAAUUAUCGGACAUCACGAGCACACCGCAUAGUCGAAAACACAUUUGGUAUACUAGCAACGAGAUUUAGAAUUUAG